CUUCUCCUAAGGUGUUACAUGUUAUUUGUUUGGAUCCUGAUUGUCUGUGGGCUGUUCGUGGAGUUCGCUUGGAUGAAAGUGGCUUGUUUCAAGUGCGUAGAUUUGAUAACGACCAUACCUGUCCCAUUGAUAUUAGACAAGCUAAUAGUCGUCAGGCGUCUUCCUCUCUUAUUGCUGAACUCAUCAAGCAUGAAUAUGAUGACAUGUCUAAAAGAGCUUACACACCUCAGUCAAUCAUUACAGAUAUGCGAAGAUUGCAUGGAAUUGUGAUGUCAUAUAAAAAGGCUUGGUUUGCAAGGGAAAUUGCAUUGCAAUUGUCUCGGGGAUCUGAAAAGGAGUCGUACAGUACGUAGACUUCCAUCUUUGUGCUACAUGCUUGAUAAAGCAAAUCCAGGUUUGGUUGUUUCAUGUUCUUGUAAUGAAAAUGGAGAAUUUCAGAAUUUUUUAUGUCUCUUGGUCCAUGGCGAGUUGGAUGGGAGAAGUGCAUUCCAGUUAUUAUUGUUGAUGGUUCGUUUUUGAAAUCGUAUUACAAAGGAACACUACUCACGGCAUGCACGCAAGAUGCUAACAAGCAGAUUUUUCCACUUGCAUUUGGUAUUUGCAGUGUUGAAAAUACCGUUAAUUGGACAUGGUUUUUCAACAUGUUGAAGAAUUGUCUCAAGCUUAGAGAUAAUUUGUAUGUGGUGUCUGAUCGUCAUGAAGGAAUCAUAAAUGCGGUUCGUUCUGUUUUUCCAUAUGUUGAACAUGGAUAUGGUGUUUAUUACAUAUUGGGCAAUAUAAAAUAAAAAUUUCGAGGUUCUGGAAAGGUGUUGUCAUGGAAAUUCUUACAAGCAGCGAGAGCGGGUUCAGUUUAUGAAUGUGAAGAGUACCUUUCCAGGCUUGAUUAUGAUGACCCCGGUAUACGUAAA